AUGGGACAGAAUGAUGUGAAUAGUAGCUCUGAGGUAAUCCAACCUGAAAGGGCACUCUCUCAAACAAACAUAUUGGUUAGGAAAAAAAUAUGCCAAAAUAAGACAUCUCCAAAAUAUCAAAAUGAAAAGAAGCGAUUUAGGGAAAGUAUGCAGUGUCCAGAGUUUAAAAAAAACAGGAAAAGGAUAAAAAUGGCUGAAGGUCUGGAAGAUUCAACAGUCCAGGACAUUCUUUCAAACAUGGACCUCUACAAUGAAUGUGAACUAAAAACAGAUAAAAAUACCACAGCAAGUUCUUCAGUAAUUAGUACAGAAGAACUGAACUGUAAUGCAACUGUUUCCUUACCUUCACUUGAUGUGCCUGAUUUCCUUCUUAAAAAACAUGCUCAAAAACAUGUUGCCUUGUCUGGUGAUGAACAGGAGAGUCAAUCGCACUUUGCCCCAUUCAAUGUAAAUGACGAGAAGCCAGAACUUAAGGAAAACAGUGUUCUUGAGUCAAAGACUGUGGAACCACAUGCUGACGUAAGCAAUACAGUGGACGAUGAUUCUGUAGUGGAGAUGCUGGUUGGUGAAAAAAUCACCAACUGCAGCAAUAAUACUGCGGGUGACAUGCAAGGAGGGAAAAUAGCAUCCAAAGAAAAAGCAGUAAGUAAAACUGGGAAAAAACUGCAGUUCAGCUGUCAAAGAACAGUGCCAUUUUCAGGUAAAAAUAUUUGGCCUCAUGAAUCAUGUGCAAGGACCUCUUUGUGGUUUUGUAAAAAUCAUGCAACUGGCUUAGAAUUUUUAAGAGGUACUGAUUAUUUUGCUAAUUCGGUCCAAAUGGAGCUACAUAAGCAGUUAGUAGAUACUACUGAACAGCCUGCAAAUAAGAUAAUGGGUUGUAAAACAGAACUUUCUGUCAAAAGCCCAACUGCAGAAUCUCAACUUGAUAUACACACAGCUUUCUCGGGCACUGGAAAUAAAAAUGGAAUUUCCUCUACAGAUAUGGAAAGGCCUAAGCAAUCUAAAGUGACAAAAAAUGCAAAGAAAUACAAACUGACUUUGAAUUCACCAGAGAAAUCUAUUAAAAAUGGAGAGAUAAUAACCAAGAGAAAUGUUUCCAUAGAUGCCAUGUUUGUAGACAAUAGUAAAAAUAAGAUAAAGGCAUUGAUUUCCCACCAAAAGACUGCAGUUCCACAGGUACUGAAAACAUUAAGCAUGACGAAGCUGUCAAAUUUCAAAAUACCUCUACUGAAGGACAAGAGUGUAUACAGGAAGGAAAGAAAUUGUUACAAUCCUUUGAACAUUGUAGAUGAUGAUAAAGCUUCUGUAAGGAAAGACAGGAGUAAGAGGGUUUCAUCUGAUAUAAAUUUUGAGCAUCUGUUCCACUCUGAACAGAUUAAUGGUGUUACUGUGGCUGCAGUGGAAGAACAUGCAGGCCAAUUCGACUGUAGAGCUUCCAGAAGUCUUAGGGAGAGCAGUUUUUAUAACAACAAUCUCACAACUUCUCUUGAGAGUGAUCUAGAAUUAGCUUUAAAAGAUAUGUCUAAUUUGAGUACUGGAUGUACAAAGAAAUCAACUGAGAGCUCUAGUGUGUCGUCAGAAAUUAACAAAGAUAAUUGGAGCAAUACCUUGACUCAGACUAAAGAUAAGUUUUAUGCAGAUGUUCUUAAGGCUUAUGAAGAUGAUGCUCUUGUGAUUGAUGUGAUUCAGGAUGAUCCUGAUCUGUUUGGAAAUACUGAUGAAAUGAAAAUCACAGAUAUAAAGGAGCAUUUUACAGACAACUGUAGUAUCACCAUUUCCUUGCAAGAAAAACUGGAUUUAAAUUUCGAAUCCUCUCCACUUCCAAGAAUAAUCCUCUCAAAAUUCUGUCCUAGAGAAAGUCCCAUUCAGGUGCAUGACACACCAGGGUCUGCCAUGGAUGUCCCUGCUUCAUUGAUAGAAGUUGAUGAUGGAACUAAAUCAGGCUCCUUAAAUGGAACCAGUUUAACAAGAGGCUCAACAGAGUUGUCUGAGGAUGGACAGCUGACUGAAUCAGAGGAUCUUGUAAGGAGUUCUGACUCAGAUGAAAAGUUCACAUUUUCAGAAGAAAUAGUUGCUGUAAAAGAAAUAGCAAAUAUUCAGGAAAAAGAAAAAAUUAAGAAUACUGAAUGUCAGCAUGUGAACCUUGAUCAUCAAGUAGAAGUCCCACUUCGUCCUGUGAAAGCAGUUGCUGCCCCAAGGCAAGGCACAGUAGCGAUACCGUGGAUAAAUGGUCCACUUAUGCUUUCAUCAUAUACCAACAGUCGUGAAUCUUGGAAAGUAGAGAAAAAUGGAAUGACUUACUUAGGGCUGAAUGUACCCCGUGGAUAUUGCCGAUCACAUUUCAAUACAUUGAUUGGCUGUGGGAGACCAAAGUGCUGGUAUGGGCAUGUUCCAGAAGCUGGGGAUGAAAAGCUUUGCAAUGAAAUACUUAAAAAAUAUAUACGUAUUGGUGAAGUAGUUUUGCUGCAACGUGCAGUUCAAAUAUUUACAGAUUUCUUCUCCGAUGUUACUCGAGGUGUGCACUUGGAUUCACAAAUGCUAAAUAACUUGCUAAUAUCUUUACUCCAGUACUGUUUGUUGAAAGAAUUAUUUCAUAUACUUCACACUUGCCUACUGAUCAAAGCGAUGCCUGCUGUAGAUAUUCUUCUCAAAGUGUUUGAGCGUGUGGCUUCCUUGAAAUUAAAAGAAGUAGUGCCUGAGUUAAUUGACAUCUCUUAUAAGCUUAUUGAUGAUGGAAUGGUUCUUGAAUAUGAACAUUUUGGCUGCAUCUCAAAGUUCCUUAGCCAACUACAAGUUUCUAGUCAAGAAAUAACUACUUUUAUGUCCAGAUUUCAGGGAAGCCAUUUCUACAAGGCCAGUAUUUGUGACUUUGGUUCAGCAAUAGCAGAAUUUCAGCAUUGUAAAGAAAAAGGAGACUGGACUAAUCUGGGCAUUGUGUAUGUUAAUGUGAGGAAAGGGUGUAAAAGUUUUGAUGAUCUUGCAAAGUACUCACUGUAUGUUGCUAACAUCCUAAGUGAUUCUGCAAAAGAAGAAAGACCAGGAGUUCCUUUUUGCGAAUUUGCAGCUGCAGUUAAUGCAGAGCCGUGGCACAGUGAAGCAGACAAAACAUUAUUGGGAAGGAUGGGUAUCAGUGUUUUAUAUUCUUACUAUAGAAUACAGCAGUGGCUAAAGGCAAGGAAGAUACUGGAUACGCUUCAUGCUUUACAGAUACGCUUUACAUAUUUGAAAGGGCUUAUUGGUCCAGAGCGAUUGGCACCGCAGUGCCAAAUUGUCAAUGUUGCGGUGGAAGUCUUUCUCAACAGUGGGAGCCUAGAUGGUGCAGUAUGGAUAUUGAAAGAAUCAGAAUGGGUAAUCAACACAUUGACAUGGCCUUGUGAUAAAAUGGAUGUCCUAAAUAGGCAUAACCUGCUAUGUAAGAUAGCAUCUGAAUAUCUUACUAAAAACCGUUACAGAGAAGCAUUUGAAGUCUUGCGAAAUCUACCAGGCUUUCAGACUUCUUGUGAUAGACUGGAUGUGUCUCAGUACAGUCUUCUGUUUAACAAACUUCUAGGAGCUAGUUCAGAAAACAAAAGCCUUGGAAUAUCUUCAGCUGUAGUAGAUUUCAUGCUUGCAAAGAAAAUUCCUGUUGACUUUCAGUUACUUAGAUCAUUCAUCACAGCACUGGGAAGAAGCUGUCUUUGGCUUAAAGCAAGGACGUAUUAUAGAAGUGCUUUAGCAUUGGGUUGCUACCCACCACUGCAGGGAAAUCUGUACCGUAAACUUCUUCAGAUUCCAUCUUACAUAACUGAGAUUGAGAUGCUGUUAGCGAUUGAAAUCUUUUUGGUUUCAAAUGCUAGUAAUAUUCAGAGUCCUGGUGCUUCUAAUCAAAUUCUUCAGAUAGUAUUGAAGAGAUGUGAAGGCGACAGUGUACAAAAUAAAGAUGACUAUCAAAGUGCAAUGGGAAGGCUAAUUCAAGCUACUCAGUUAGCUGCGCCAAAGCUUUUCUUAAAGCAUUUGACAGUAAACAUCACCCAGGAGCAAGUUUAUAGUUUGGAACAUGCAUGUGUACUUAAAUGGUUGAAAGAUAAUAUGAAAUGGGCGGGAAAAGUCUGGCUUUUUCAGUAG